AUGUUCGAGCUAGCAGAAGACGAAAUCGAAGUUGGAAUGGGAAUUCAUGGGGAGGCUGGAUAUGGAAAAAUGAAAUUGCAAUCCUCGAGCGAAACAAUUUCAUUCAUGCAGGAACACAUAUGCAAGGCCUUGUCUUUGAAAAGUGGAGAUUCAGUUGCAAUUAUUGUUAACAAUUUUGGAGCAUUGAGCCAGUUGGAACAAGGAAUUGCUGUUCACGACGUGGUCAAGCAACUUC